UGGAACCCCACGCAGACAGUCCCAAGCUUGCGCAAGAGUUCGGAUUUGGGUGGGCUUUUCCUGCGCCGUCAAGCAUCAAUCGCAUAAGCUUUUUACAGCCGCGUUUCUGGAGCUCAGAUGCCUGCUUUUGCGACGAGCAAAACCCCAACGAUCACAUAGUUGAUCGCGUGACUGUCAGAAGGCUGUUGCGUAACGAACGAACCGCCCGAGUUUCAUUACGCUUAAACGAGCAACAGAGAUGGGUAUUCAGGCCCACGCCAAUCCAUCAAUAUGAAGCUUCAAACGGCCGCCGCUGCCAACAUCAUCAUUCCCCGAGCUCUCGCAUCCCAGCAAAUCAGGCCAUUGAUCGCAUCGAGGAGAUGUUACGCAACGAACACCAGCGCCAACGAUAGCAAUGCAACUCAGCGAAGGAGAGCUGUGACCCCGUUCAACGAUGAUGGCCGUGUGCCCUGGACUGAGCUCUCCGGUGGGGAGAAGACGUCGCGUGCUGUGCAGCAGACUUUCAACUUUGGAAUGGUGCUUGUAGGAAUGGCUCUGACGGGAGGGAUUGGUUACCUACUCUACUCAGAGGUCUUCUCGCCCGACUCUAAAGUGGCAUAUUACAACCGAGCUGUCGAUCGCAUUCGCAAAGAUCCACGAUGUCUGGAGCUCCUGGGAGAGUCCAAAAGUAUAACUGCUUUCGGGGAGGAGACAAGCAACAAGUGGAGGAGGGCCAGGCCGAUCGCGUCUACAUUGCGGAAAGAUUCGCAGGGAAAUGAACACAUGAUGAUACAUUUCAAUUUGGAAGGUUCCAAGGGCCGGGGCAUGGCGAACAUGCACCUUAUCAAGCGUGUUGGCGCCGAGGACUUUGAGUACCGAUACUUCUAUCUUGAUGUGGUCGGCCAUCAAAGAAUUUAUCUCGAGAAUUCCGAGGCCACGGGCCGCGAUGGUUCCGGGAAGAAAACCAUUUUUGGGAUCAGGUUCUCGUAAGGCAUGCAUGGCUGCUCCUUGGUAGCCCUGCAGCAUCACUUUUCGGAUACCUUCGGGGCCAUGACAAAAGAAGUUAGGAAGCUAUUGGGCAAGCUGCCUUGUAUCCAAAGAUUGCAAGCUGCUUGCUGCAAUUUUAUGAGCUCAUGUAUCGACUUUCAGAAGAACAUGGUGUCUUGACCAUCCGCUCACCCAGCAUAGUCAUCGACAGCUGGACUGGGAUAGCCACGUGGGAAGGCAUGUACAGAUAUCACGAAUGUUGAAGUGUAAUGGAGGAAGAGUCUUAAAAUGACAAUACUAUGAAGCUAAAGCAUUUUCGCACCUUUCACGCAGA